AUGUCUCAUUAUCAAUUUAAGACUGCAGGUCCUCUACCACCACCGGCGUUGGCGCCUAACAAAGUGCGUUUAUUCCAGGUGGAUAUGAACCCGUAUGGACACAGGGUUCUUCUAAUCCUAGAUGCGAAACGAGCAAAGUAUGAGGUGUACGAAAUGGAUCCGUUACGGCUCCCCGAAUGGUUCAAAGCGAACAAUCGGAGAUGUAAAAUACCAGUACUUGAAGUCCACACAGACCACGCUGACAAAUGUUUGUUUGAGAGCGUUGUUAUCUGUGACUACUUGGACGAGAAGUACACGCACAAUAAGUUACAUUCGAGUGAUCCUUUCACUAAGGCGCAAGAUAGACUUCUUAUCGAGAGAUUUAAUGAGUUAAUCAAAGGAAGCCUGGAAUGUUUCGAUACAAACUUUGUGUUUGGCGGUCAACAGAUUUUGCAAACCUUGGACAUAUUUGAAAAGGAACUAGUCACGAGAGGUACAAACUACUUUGGAGGUAGCCGACCGGGCAUGUUAGAUUAUAUGAUCUGGCCGUGGGUGGAGCGUCUAUAUCUCGUGAGGGUGGUCGCUGAAAAGAAAUUCGACGAGAAAAGGGGGGCAUAUCCUAACUUUGCUGAUUGGGCUGACCAAAUGCAACUAGACGAAGUGGUGAAGAAGCACGCGCGUUCUCCCCAAGAGUAUCUAGACUAUUACAAGAACGCAAGAACACUUUCCAUGUCCUACUAUUUAUAA